CGAUCAGACUGAGCCAUGGCUUUAUCCAGCUCUCUGCUGCUAUUUCUCGGAUUUAUUUCAAUAGCUGAAAUAGCAUUUUCCAUAUGUGUACCUAUAAAUCAUUGCAUUGAAGAUAUGGAGGACCUCGACGCCCAGGAGCGAUUCGAAUAUGUCGUAGAUAAAUAUAAGAAGGCGAAUAUCAACAUUGACGGCAAGCCGCUUGGAUUGCACGGCAAGGUGGUUUCGAAUGACCUGGAGGACGAGAUACAUAUAGUCUUCCAUUACGUGGACAACACGUUGCAUGACGUCAUCCAGACCUGUACGGUUGUGAUAUCUGAUAAACCCAACGAGUGUGAGAGUAUUCGCACCUACUGUUCUGGCUUCCUAAGACGCCCGCCACGCCCAUUGCUAGAGCUCAAGCCCCUUAUUGUCUGCAAGGAUAAAGUCCAGGUGGCGAAGGAAGAACCAGAGCUGGGAACGGAACCGGAAGUAGAAGCGGUACCGGAAGCAGACCCCAUUACUGGAGAGCCAACGGAGGCGGAUACUACAAAGGCACCCGAUGAUGACAAAGCUCCCUCGUCGAAAUUCAGGAUGUUUAACUGAUUAGGAUGUGUCACUGCAUUUAUUCACAGCUAAAGCUAAUAUCUUUACAAGUAAAUAAAUAAAACUAAGAACUUUGCAGUAA